CCUCCUGGCGCGAAAAAAACGAUUGGCCGUGUCGACUCCAUUCGGAAGUUAGAGCCACACAUUAUUGGAGUUGGAGUUUCGAGAGCUACGUAUGUAAAACUAACAAAGAAGAGGAGCAGCUAGAAAAGUAAAAAUAGUUAAGGCUUCGUUACAUAUUUCGAAUUGAAACCGGAUCAAAGCAAACAUGUCCGUCGUGAGAGGCGUUACGGUUCUUUUCACGCUCUCGAUGCUAACGAGAGUUUGUUUUCUGGCGACGAGUGAGACCGUUUCGUUCAAUACAGUAAGAAAUGUCAGAAGCACCGCCGAAAUGUCGAAGUUUGACUUACCGGAUCGUUUCAAGGGCAAUGAAAAAUCCGUCUGGAUCGAAUACGAAGAGCUCGCACAUAAGUACAAGCCAAUAAAUUUGGGCCACGGCUUUCCUGACUAUCAUGCGCCAAAGAAUAUAACCAACGCUCUGGCUGCUGUCGCCAAAAGUGACGAUCCGCUUUUGCAACAGUAUACGAGAGGAUUCGGUGAACCAAGACUAGUGAAUGCAAUUGCAAAGUUAUACUCCAAGCUUCUCAAUCGUAAUGUGGAUCCGAACAAAGAAGUUUUGAUCACCAUUGGUGCUUUUCAAGCGUUAUACUACGCUCUGCAAGGCAACACUAAUCCCGGAGAUGAAUGGAUCAUCAUUGAACCCUUUUUCGAUGCUUACCUAUCUAUGGUGCAGAUCGCCGGAGGAAUUCCCAGAUACAUAGCAUUAAAACCG